AAUAUUUAUCUCAAGGCACGCCCAUGAAUCAGCCUUUGUGAAUUGGUCAGGAUAGAGCACUACUUUAGCAAACUUUUUAGAAUAAUGGUAUCUUGUCCAAACAACCCGCCUCGGUUGUUGUCACCGAGACCUACAUUAGGACCAGGUCUUCGGGGUGUGACCAAGCAAUCGGCAUCAAGCCGCUUUGCGUCAACGAAAAAUAAAAAAGCACAGCGUGCUCUCUGCACGAUAUUUGAAGAUAGCGCACUUAGUGCGUCGUCACCCCUAUUUACUAUGAAAGCGCCGUGGUCACCCGGCGGCCGGACUUCACGCCGUAACAACCUGGCGAUGCACCCUACCCUGGGGCGUCUCCGAUUGCAAGAGCUGCUGGAUGCUCCCAAGACACGCAAGGCGACGCCUAUCAAGGAACGACAACUUACGCUAUGUGCGGCGUUCGGGAGGCAACGAAUGCAUGGCGACCUUGACGCAUUGGCCGACGAACUCGGCACGUGCCAGCUGCAGUCUGUGCUCAAGCCAGCGGCCCCGCAACCGCACAGCCAGGCAAACGGUGCGCUGGAGCUGCAGCCGCUGGUGUUAAUGCAGGACGAUUGAGUUUGUCACUAUUACCAAGGCAAAACGUCAUGUCGGAACCUGUACUUUGUCGCUGAAGCCGCCAACAACGCGCGUACUUUUCCAUGAUGAAUUGAUUCCACCGUUGAUAGUUUAGAGGCCGCAUGAGGGCAUAUGUGACACACACAAUGUGCACGGACAGAGCCGCAUGUAGCACGGAGCAGCGGGAUUAGGCUUCCUUACAAGGAAGUAGCCGCCGCUCCACUCCCGCGGCAAUGCAAGGCAAUGUGGGGUGCUUUCUCCCAUUUGUGCACCCCCUCACAUGGCACCGCCGUGAGUUCUCGUAGGGCAUAUUGCUGUAGGUAUGACACGCCCCCAUUCGACCUUCCCAUGCUGCGAAUUAAAGCAGUCGAGGUUGUGCUAGGGCUGGGCAUGCGCGCGUGUCUAGUAAGGCUUAUGUUUGGCGCAUCUAUAGACCAGAAUUGAAUUCUAUGGGCUAUCGGUUGGGAGGUGUCGUCCCCGAAAAGGGAAGACAUCUUCGCCUUCACGCCAUAUGUGCUUGGGGAUGUUGUCCCCUGGAGCCGUAGGCACAUCUUUUGAGCAUAAUGCCAGGGAUUACGCCAGGGGCCAAUCUUGCCGCAGCGGGUUUUACGCGUAGGUAGCUUUCAGCAUUCAUCUGAUCCCUUUCUGCGCGCGACAACGACCUCUGAAACGUCAUAUCCGU